AUGAAAGUCUUUCAGAUUUUUACUCUUCUCACUUUUGUAGUCUUGACAACUUUUGCUUCUUCUAAUCCAUUCUGCAAGUUCUGCUCCCCGGCUAUCAGUAUUCCAACUGAUUGGGCUACAGUUCAAAAAUUACUGAAAAUCGGAUGCGGAAAUCUUGGAUCAGCUGGGAAGGCUUGUGUAGCCUUGGUAGAAGCCGUGGAUCUUGAUUCAUCGUAUUCAAAGAUGUACCCAAAUAUGGUUGAUUUGAGGGAAGCUGGGUGUAAGGUUUAUUGUUAA